CGCAGCCCGUGUUUUGACAGCCAGCCAUCACACAGCUGAUAGAAAACCGUUUUGCACGCGAAAAAGCGCUGUAACACGAAGGAAAAUCUUGCGCGGCAUUUUUGUCACGUGCUGGCUGAACGGGUUCAAUGUUAUGUAAACAAAAGCAUUGAUCGGGAGUGUGACGGUGCAUUUGCUCAAGUGUGGUGCUGAUUAUCACCCAGGUGAUAAGAGGUUUUGUCGAGUGGUUAAGUUUUUUUUUGCAACGCUAAUUUGCUGAUUAAUACGGCGGCGUUCCGGAACCGCGGAGGCGUUAUAUAGGCCAAUCUCAGAACGAUGUCAAUUACCGAGAAGGAUCUGUAUCGGGACACCCCGGUGCGCUAUCUAGGAUAUGCGAACGAGAUCGGAGAAGCAUUCCGACCGGUGAUCAAGAAGAUCUUUGUGCACGCUAGCUAUGCUGUGGCGAUCAGUUACGUACUGGCGGAUACGGCUGAUAAAUCAAAGAAACAAUACGAUAAACCGGAAAUACUAGGUGGAGGAUUCCGCGGUGCUGCGGUUGCAUCUGGCGAUACUCUGCUAUGGCAAAUGUUUGCCUCGGUCAUCAUACCCGGAUUCACCAUCAACCGAAUUUGCUGGUUGUCAAAGGCUGCCUUAAAAGCGAACAAGGUAAAGGGACCGGUUGCCAAAUGGGGACCAACCAUGCUCGGCUUGCUGGCCAUUCCGUUCAUCAUCCAUCCGAUCGAUAAUGCGGUUGAUUAUGCGAUGGAUAACACCUACCGAAAGUAUGUUAAGUAAUGCUCAUCUGCACGAUGUCGUGCGGCGCGUCACGAGCGUUGUGUUCCGAAUGAUAAUGAUGGAUAUUAGCCAAGCUAGACGGAAGAGAACAAAAGCGAUACAAACAAGCACAGACGGAGUACGAUUUCGCACAAUAGUUUUAGAUUCAGAUGGUGCCAGUUACAAACGUGGUGCGGGUUACUAUUUUCUGCUUUACGAGCGAACCAGUUAAAGAUAAACGGUACAACACGUAGGUGCUGCUGUGUUGUGCAUUGUUAGUUCAUAUUCUUUAGACGAUUACAAAUAUACAUUUGAGACACUAAUGUUUGUUACACUACUUCACUGUGAUAGGAACAAGACGAUUAGCUGCGCAGUUGCAAAGUUUCAUUACGUGAGGGAGGUUCUGUUAGGCAGGUAAAGGAAAACGACUCAAUUACACUAUAUGCAGUAUGGAUGGAAAAUUUAAAACGGUGCUAAAACGGUUACUCAAAAGUCACAAUAAUAAAACUGCAAUAUCUUGCCUCAAA